AUGGCAGCCUCAGUGCCAACAGUUGGAGCCGUUAACUUAGCACCGUUGAAACUGAAUGGCUCUAGCAGUGGAGUGACAUGCUCGGCAUUCUUUGGAACCAGUUUGAAGAAAAUCAUUUCUCUGAGUUCUAGCCAGAAGAGUGUGUGUGGGAAUUUCAAGAUGACCAGCAGGAUAUCACUAGAGGGAAGGGAAUGGUGGACUCUCUUCCAAGCUCCCAUGGAAAGUGGCACUCACUAUGCUGUCAUGAGUUCCUAUGAAUACAUCAGUGCUGGUCUUCGCCAGUACAAUUUGGACAACACCAUGGAUGGCUUCUAUAUUGCUCCUGCAUUUAUGGACAAAAUUGUUGUUCACAUCACCAAGAACUUUUUAACCUUGCCUAAUAUCAAGGUUCCUCUUAUUUUGGGUAUUUGGGGAGGCAAAGGUCAGGGGAAAUCAUUCCAAUGUGAGCUUGUCUUUGCCAAGAUGGGAAUCAACCCCAUAAUGAUGAGUGCUGGAGAAUUGGAGAGUGGAAAUGCUGGAGAGCCUGCAAAGUUGAUUAGGCAAAGGUACCGUGAGGCAGCAGACAUUAUCAGAAAAGGAAAGAUGUGCUGUCUCUUCAUCAAUGAUCUUGAUGCUGGAGCUGGUAGGCUUGGUGGAACCACACAGUACACAGUCAACAACCAGAUGGUGAAUGCAACACUCAUGAACAUUGCUGACAACCCAACCAAUGUCCAACUUCCUGGCAUGUACAACAAGGAGGAGAAUCCCCGUGUUCCAAUCAUAGUCACUGGCAAUGACUUCUCAACAUUGUAUGCUCCUCUCAUUCGUGAUGGACGUAUGGAGAAAUUCUAUUGGGCACCUACUCGAGAUGACAGGAUUGGUGUCUGCCAAGGCAUUUUCAGAACAGAUGGUGUCCCAAAGGAGGACAUUGUCAAGCUUGUUGACACCUUCCCUGGACAAUCUAUUGACUUCUUUGGUGCCUUGAGGGCCAGAGUGUAUGACGAUGAAGUAAGAAAGUGGAUUUGUGGUGUGGGGGUGGAGAAUAUUGGGAAAAGACUGGUGAAUUCAAAGGAGGGACCUCCAACUUUUGAGCAACCAAAGAUGUCUCUUAGCAAGCUCCUUGAGUAUGGAAACAUGCUUGUUCAAGAGCAAGAGAAUGUGAAGAGAGUUCAAUUGGCUGACAAAUACCUCAAUGAGGCUGCACUUGGAGAUGCAAAUGAAGAUGCCAUGAAGACUGGAAACUUCUAUGGACAAGGAGCUCAGCAAGUUCAUGUUCCUGUUCCUGAAGGUUGCACUGACCCUGCUGCACAAAACUAUGAUCCAACAGCCAGAAGUGAUGAUGGAAGUUGCACAUACACAUUUUAG